AUGACCAUGGUCGCCACGAGCACCAUCAUGAGGGUCAGCACGGACAUGGCCAUCACCAUGGACAUAAUGAGGCACAUGGCCAUGGACACCAUGAAGGCCAUCGUCAUGGGCAUGGGCAUAAUGAGGCUCACCGUCACGGACACAACGAGGGUCAUCGUCAUGGUCAUCACCAAGAGCAUCGCCAUGGUCAUAGCCAAGAUCACCGCCAUGGGCAUAACCAAGCCUUGCUACAUCUUGACGGAGAAGAGCUUGUGUCGGGAUCUUUACAUCCUCGCUGAGAAGGCUGAUCAUGCGGCUCAUCUUGUGCAGACCAGUCUCUGCCGUCAGAACUCGACCUGCUGGAAUCAUAUCCGUGAGGCUAUCUAUAAGCUCGAGUAUGGUCUUGAUCUCUUUGAUAAGUAUGUCGACCACACCACUCUCGACAAGUGCUUCACCCGCUCUGAGGAGGCUGUCGUGACCAAGUGCUACAUUCACUAUGCCCAGUCGGUUAUUCGCCUCCUGAAGGUCACCCAUGAGUCGGGUAGGUACCUCGAGGGUGAGGUCGACCGUCCCAUCCUUACCGCCAUCAACAGCUUGCGUGCUGCCGACAGAGCUUUCGUACUGGAUCUUGGACGUCGCAUUGAAUCCAAGGAGUCUCUCAAGGUCAUCAUGCGCAAGCAGGGUGCCGAAGACGGUACUACUGGAGAUAGUGUUCAGGAGGCCUUUAACAGGUUCAUCUUUACUCCUUUGAUCACGGGUGAGGAUUUCAAGAACCACCCAUCCGAGGCUGAGGAGAGGGCUAGGAAGGUUGAGCAUUAUGGUAAGGGUGGUCGGAAGCACGGUGGCCAGGGCUAUGGACAUGGACAUGGACGUCACGGCUACGGUCACGGUCAUGGUCAUGAACACGGAAAAGACAUCUACCGUGGUUACAAGAAACAUGGCCAUGAUGGUGGUUACACCGAGACUCUUUCUCAGGUUCGAAAGGGAAAGGAUGGCUAUCAUCAUGUUCACCACCACGGCCAUCAUCAUGGUCAAAAGGGAGCUCACCACCACGGACAUGAGGGCGGUCAUCAUGGUCAUCAUCACGGCCACAAGGAGGGCCACGGAAACAAGCAUGGUCAUAGCCAGGGGCAUCAGGAAGGCCAUAAUCAGGGCCAUGGCGAGGGUCACGGCCAUAACCAUGGCUACAAGGUCCACCAUCAUGGUAAGCACCAUGCUAACCCUCACCAGAAGCGCAACUUACUCCUCCUAAUGAUGGGAGCCAGGAUGAGGCCAGUGAAGAAGCCGAAGCCGCUGACUCCAAGACAGGAACUGGAGAUCAUCCGCCAGCACAGGCUCCACCACGACAAAAGGGGACAUGAGGACGAGAAUAUCGACUACUUCUUUGACGACGAGCUGGAUGCUGAUGAUGGUGAUGAUGAUGCGUCGCGGAUUCCCAAGAGUGAGCACAAUGGGCGUCUUCACGAUAAUUACCAGCAUCCUGAGACGCCGUAUCGUCAUCACGAGGGGUACGAGUAUGGGGAUAGGACGUUUGGUUAG